AGGGAGCCUCCGCGUUAAAGGCAGGCAAAGCCACAGAAACAAAUACAAACCCCAAUCGGAACAGCGAUUUUUUGAGAUGCUCCUGCUACUUUCGCGCUGUGCACGCAGAGGACACCUAGUAAGAUAAUUAUUUAAUUCUUCCUGUGCAAUCUGAACGCAAACCAACUGUCGCAGUCAAGAGGAGGGGACUCGAGGAAACUCUUCAAUACAUUUGGAUUUUUUUUCAGUCAAGUUAACUAGAAUCAAAUUCAGUCUCUGUUAAGCCAAGCUGAUUUUUUUUUCCCUCCCCAUGAUCGGAGCUCCGUUUUGAAUCACACCUGAUAUGGUGUUUUCAAGGUUGGAAGUUGUAUCGUUGCAUGCCAGCGUCAACAUUUGAUUUGUUUUUCUUUUAAGUUAAUCGCCGUAGCCCUGAGCUGUGCUGAUUUAAGUAAAAAAAAGAAUAUUUUUGUUUGUUGAAUAAAAUGUUGCUGGAUGCCGGUCACCAGUUCCCCGGACUGGGAGUGGGCUCGUUUGCCAGGCAUCACUCAGCGAGCGAGAUGCAGGACAGAGACUUGAGUUUGGCACAGAAUAGCUUUGUAGACUCGGCACACAUGGGCGCGUUUAAGCUCAACCAUGAUCUGUCUCCGGGACAGAGCUCUGCCUUCACCUCCCAGGCGCCGGGUUACCCCGCUGCGGCUCUGGGGGCUCACGCCGCUCAUGUCACGUCGUAUGCGAGCUCGCCUUUCAACUCGACCAGGGACUUUCUCUUUCGCAGUCGUGGCUUCGGUGAAUCCUCUCCGGCGAGCAGCCAACACACUAUUUUUGGCCCCACGGCGGGAUCCCUCCAUCACUCCCACACAGACACUCAAGGCCACAUUUUGUUCCCCGGGAUCCACGAGCAACAUGGGUCCCACGGAUCCCCGAAUGUCCUGAACGGCCAAAUGAGGCUCGGACUACCCGGUGAAGUUUUCGGACGCUCCGACCAAUACCACCAGGUCUCCAGCCCGAGGACCGACCCGUACUCGGCCGCGCAGCUCCACAACCAGUACGGCUCCAUGAAUAUGAACAUGGGGAUGAACAUGGCAGCGCAUCACCACCCCGGUGCCUUUUUCCGCUACAUGAGGCAACAGUGCAUCAAGCAGGAGCUCAUCUGCAAGUGGAUCGACCCCGAGCAGCUCAGCAACCCGAAGAAGUGUUGCAACAAAACUUUUAGCACCAUGCACGAGCUGGUCACGCACGUAACCGUGGAACACGUCGGUGGACCGGAGCAGACGAACCACAUCUGCUUCUGGGAGGAAUGCGCCCGGGAGAGCAAACCGUUCAAGGCGAAAUACAAACUGGUUAACCACAUUCGGGUGCACACCGGAGAGAAGCCUUUUCCCUGCCCGUUCCCCGGCUGUGGAAAGGUCUUCGCACGGUCGGAGAACUUGAAGAUACACAAGAGGACACACACAGGAGAGAAGCCGUUCCAGUGUGAGUUUGAAGGCUGCGACAGAAGGUUUGCAAACAGCAGCGACCGAAAGAAACACAUGCACGUUCACACGUCGGACAAGCCUUAUCUGUGCAAGAUGUGUGACAAGUCCUACACACACCCCAGCUCCCUAAGAAAACACAUGAAGGUCCACGAAGCCUCCCCACCAGCAUCAGACUCAUCACCAGCAGCCAGCUCUGGGUAUGAAUCAUCCACACCCCCAGGCCUGGUGUCUCCCACCACCGAGACCCAGAGCAACACCACCAUGUCCCCAGCCUCAGCUGUCCACAACAGCAACACCAGCCACAGUGUCCUAUCCUCCAAUUUCAGUGAAUGGUAUGUGUAGUAGGACUCAAAGAUGAAACGAAGCCACACACACACUGGCUUCACAGCACUGGAACAUCCAGCAGCAGAUCUGGGACACGUGCACACAAAAGAGGCACACACACACAAAAAAAAACAUUUAUUUUUUAUUGUGUUACUUUUGAUUCACCAGGGAUGAUGAUGAUAACCAACAGAGGAAAAUAUGUAUAAUAGUCGAGGUGUAUUUCAUAUUGUAAAUAAUUACUAAAAGCCCACUUUUCCCAUUGGUUGUGCUAGUUUGUCAGUCUUUGGUGUAUAGAUGUUCCUUCAAUGGUAGCUAUUUCUCUAACUGGACUUUUAGUGCACAUAUUACAAUGAAAUUGUACUAUACUGUUGAAUAUUGUGAUCUUAAGGCAAAUUGAUUGUACUAUACUUAACACCUAUAAACUGGAAAGAGUGCCAAAGUUAACAUUUAACUCAAACAGACCACAAUAUUAUGCUUGUGAAUGUAUAUUUUAGUUUGCUGGGCUUAACUUGUGAUGUUUUGUGCUUUGCAAGUUUGAAUUGUGAAAUACUAUCUGGAAGAUUGUGGGGGAAAAUAAACGUUGUGCCGUUGGAUUUUCUGUAACUACACCCAUCCUUUUUUUGUAAAUAUCAGCUGCCAUAUUUAUCCAUUUGUAAUUAAAUUAUGGUAUUUACUUGCUACAGAUGAAACAGUAUUUAUAAAGAAUGUUUCUUAACUAUAAAUAUGUACAAUUACGAGCUAAACAUGGGCAGUGGUUUCGUUUUGUGCUUUUGUUCAAAGUUUUAAGAGGUGUUUCCUUCCUUAUUGUGAUAAGAAUUUUACUGCAUACAAAUAUAAUAAAAGGUGUUGCAAGUGCUAAA